AUGUUGAUGCUCUCCACAGCUUCUCAGCCCAAUUGCCCAGUGCCCAGACUCGGACUUGAGGUGUGCUUGGACUGUGACGGCUCUAUCGUUGCCACGACGUAUCAGGGCCUGGCUCGUUGGGACUGGCGUGUUGGAGAGGACCGCUUGUGCCAAGAGGCUGCAGCUGCAAACUUGGCGGACCACUGCGGUCUUUGUGCAAGCCCGGAGGGUGUUGUGGUUGCCGAUCAUCUGAACGGGCGAGUGGUUCGAUUCCUCCACCGAGGUGGUUUCGAGGAACUGAUCCGGCAAGGCGACACAUGUCGUGGACGCGCUUUGGAGCGGCCCUGCGACGUAACCUUCGGCCCAGGUGGCUCUCUCCUAGUUGCGGACCGGACGGCCGGGCGAGUGCUCUGUCGAACUCCGCGUGGCGAGUUGUCCAUUGUCGCAGACGGGCUUGCCGGGCCCUACUCACUUGCACGAUGCGGGCAGUUCCUAUACGUGGGACAGUUCAAGACUAUGAACGUAGUGAGAAUUGAUCUUCGUUGCGGUUCGAUCGAGGACUGGCAUUCUAUCAGAGGGCCCACCGGGAUCUGCUUUGAUGCCGACUGCAAUCUGUACGUCACUGAGAAACUCAUGCACAGAGUCUUGCGCUUUCCCGCUGAAUUCACCUGA